CGGACGAGGAAUGGGUUAGAGUUGCUACAGAUAGAGAAGGUUUGUGACUGAUCAAUCAUAAUCAUACAACUUUAAACAAAAGUUAAAACAACCAAGACUGGGUGUUUUUAAAACAACAAAUCCAUACUCAUGAGUCAUGGGAGGCAACUAGCGCCUUCUCUCUGUCACACACACGCGGGCGGGCGCACACACACACAGACACAUACACGCACACACAGCCAGCACACAUUACAACGUUAAUACUCACACGCACUGUCAGUGUUGCACAUUAACACUUCAUUUUAAUAAAACAUUUUAAGGAUAUGUAGAAACAUCGAGUCUGUUUGUCGGACCGUUUGACCUGGAACCCUACCCGGAAGCAGAAUUCAAAACGGAAACUACCAUUUUAAGCGAGCUUCGCAGCCGUCGUCUACCGACGGGGACACCUAAAAUUGACACGGGGCGGAAAAUAUUUGGCCGAUGAAAAGAACGAAAAAAUUAUAAGAAAGGCCGCCUUCGUUGAAUUCGAAAAGUAAACGAUGAAAGUAUGAAAUAUCUAGCUUUGGACCAUGGAUUUAGAUAUAAUAGCAAGCUAACACAGCGGAAAUAGUUUUGGUUAGGGAGUCGAAAACAGCCCUCCCGGGCCGAUGGAUAGGGAGGCCUUUGAAAGUAUUUUUCCAGGGAUGAAGAAAAAUGGCCCGCUGACAUGAAAUAGAAAGCGGUUGUUUACAAGACGGCAUUUUCAACACGUCUUUGUUCUGUUUUUGCUUUCGUGUUUCUCCAUGAUUGCCUAGCCGACUGAUGCUCAGAGCUAAAAAAAUAACGCGAAGGUGAUUGAUGGAAGUCUACCCACUCCUCCCUCUCUGUUCCUUUUUAAAACCUACGGUCGAACAAGCAGCGCUACAAACCUGUAGCUUGUUAAGAGCCUGUGUAGCUAGGUUCUGAGUAGGUGGCAUCAGGAGGCUGACAGAAAAUAAUAGUUUGCCUCAUGUGCCCACUCAAUGAACACUGACACCUUCUGAGGAGUUUAAUUGGACCUGGAACUGCUGCUCCUCCACAAGAAGGACUUCAAAACACUACAGACUCAACCUUUUAUAUGUUAGACAUUGAUUUCUUAUUUUUUCAUUUUACACGUCAUAGGCAUUCACACACCGUAAGAAUUAUUUCUAAUUUAGCUACAAGCAAACAUCUAAAAAAACUAGCAGGUCUUCACCUUGGUGCCCUCCAUAUUUGCCUAAUCUAUAUUUGCCUGGAGAGUGUGUAAGCAGUAAGCAUUCAUGUGUGAGAGAGAAUUCAAAAAUAAGGUCAUAGUGAUAAGAGUUGUGAAUUCUAAGUUUGGAGUUAAGGGGUUCAAAGAGCACUAGAGUGUAGGCUAACUGCAGCGCUGAGCUCAAUUUUGAGGUGGGUGGGAAUAACUGUUGUUGAUUUCAACAACAAGGGGAGUUGCCCUGGGACACCCUCCCAUCAGUGUGUGGGAGAUGUUCCAGUUUAGCAAGUACCCCAUGGACAUUCUAGAGAUGCUGAGUGGACACCAAGCCCAUCAGUUCAAAGGCCUGGGAUUAGAGAGGCAGCUCCAACAUCAACAGCAAGUCCAGCAGCACCAGCAGCAGCUCCAGCAGCUCCAGCAGCAGCAUCAGCAACCCGGCGAGCCCUCGGGGAGCCUCCUUUCGGGGCUCGGCUUGUCCUCCCGAGGCUCGUCCUUCGCCGACUCCUCCUCCAUCUUUGCCAAAAUGAGCGCCCCUCCCCCGCCCAUAUCCCACCAGUCUCAGUCGUCGUCGUCGUCGCACAGCUCCCGUAAGUCCAGCAAGAUGAGCAGCAGCAGCGGGAGCUCGUCGGCGGGAUACCCUCAGUUCCUGCGGCCUUUCCACCCGGCCGAGGCGGCGCUGGCACAGGAGCAGCUGCAUUCUGGGAUGGGGCGCUUUGACUUUGGGGGCAGUAGUAGUGGAGGGGGUGCAGGUGUUAUAGGAGGGGUGGUCACAUCUGCUCCCCCUCCACCUCCGUUACACCCUGGUCUCUCUGUUCCCCAGCCCUCGUCUGGUCCCUCCUCGACCUCCCCUUCUCCCUCUACCUCUGCUUCCAACAACCCCUCUGGCAGCAGUGCUGUGACCUCCCUGGGCCAACCUCUUGUUGGUCCACAAUCAGACCCACGUAGCCUGCAUCAGCAGUUCAGUUGCAUGCUCGCUGCCAAUCAGUACUUCCUAUCCGGGGUCCCGACCAAUAGCAGCCUGGAGCAGUUCCUGGUUCAACAGGGGACCCAUAACCAUCUUGGCCUGGGAUUGGGCCAAGGGGCGAGUGACUCCAACUCUGCCCUUGCUCCACCUCCAGCGCUUCACUCCUCCCACAGCCAUGGCCAUCCCACCCCCCAGCCCCAGCAGCAGCAACAGCAGCUGCCCCCCCAUGCCUUGUCUCACCCCCACAGUCAUCCUCACCCCCACCAUCCCCUCCACCCUGCCCCCCAGCCAGCACCCCUUGGUGGCUUUGACUUCCAGGGCAUCCCGGUCCUCUCUUCCAAUCAGAUAGCUUCAUUGAUGCAGCAGGAGGCUGGUGGCCUGCCUCUACCUCUACCUCUCCAUCUAUCACUCUCAAAAGACGAGGGGAAAGGAGACAGUGGGUCUGGGUCUAGUGGAAGUGGAGGAGGGGGAAGCGGUGGCAGCAGGAGAAAGAAGGCUAUGGCUGGCUACCUCCCUCAAAGAAAGUCAGAUAGCGGCAGUCAUAGCAGUAGCAGUGUUAGCAACUGCCACAGCAGCUCUAGUGGGCACAGUCAGAAUACAUCCUCAGGCCUGGUAGGAGGAGGAUCUGGAAGUGUUGGCAUAUCCGGCAUUGGUAAUGAGCAUUCAUCUCUCCUCUCCUCGUCCACACAACCCUCCUCAACUGUCUCUUCCUCCUCUUCCUCAGCUCCCUCUUCCUCCUCCACCUCCGUGUUGGUAGCCAACGGUUCACAGAUCCCCAAAUCGGAAAAUCUCAACCCCAUGGCAUCUGGUUCUAGCCAACCCGAACCGGAACCACUCUACCACUGCGGCGAAUGUGGCAAGACCUUCACCCACCUCUCCAGCCUCCGCCGCCACCUCCGCAGCCACGGUCUGUCCUCUGAUGGCCCUAUGAGCAGUGGCUCUGGCAAGUCCCCCAGGUCCCCUAGCCCAGAUAGAACCUUCUGCUGCUCCGAGUGUGGCAAGGGAUUCAAGAAGAGAGGCCACCUCCUCCAGCAUGGCGUCAUCCACUCUGGAACUCGUCCGUUUGCCUGCAGCAUCUGUCAAAGGUCUUUCAACCGCCGCGAGUCCCUGACCAGACAUGAGAAGAUCCAUGAUGAGAAGCCUUUCCGCUGCCCUGCUUGUGGACGCUGCUUCCGAGAGAGCACCUCCCUGCUCAACCACGCUGCGUCGGGUACGUGCGGCAAGCCGCCCAGAUCCCAGAAAAAUCGGAGCAGCACUGGCAGUGACACCUCCUCCAACCCUGGAGGAAGCAAGUCUGGGAUGGUGGCAGGUAGCAGCGGGUCUGGAGACGGGGGUGAAGUGAAGUACAGCUCUGAUUACUCCAGGAACCGCUACCAGCCUUCCUACAGUGUGGACGACUACAGACGACAACAGACCAACCCGUCUUCUCUCUACCCGGGAGAGAGCUCCCUUGGUAACGGGAUGGGCAGCCAGACCCUGAGAAAGGCUCCGUUGGCACCGACUCUCCACCCUCACCCCCAGAGUCAACAGCAGCAGCAACAACAACAACAACAGCAGCACCACCACCACCAACAGCCACACCUCCCCCUUUCAUCCCUACUGGACGACUCUGAGGAUGAGGUCACUAGCAGUGCCAUGUCGGCUAUCGCCGCAGCAGCAGCCGCCUCCUGUGACAUCAACACUGGUGAGAGCCGAGGGGAGGAGCGGAGAGACAUCAUCGGAGGUUUGCUGGGAGGCCUCGGCUUCGGGAACAUGGGGGUGGCCCCCGGCGGGCCGUCGUCCACGUCCGAGAUGGACAAAAGCUACCGAACCGGCAGCGGCUCCACUAUGCCUUUGACCCACCCCAGCCACCCAAACGCCAAACUUAAACGUCCUCGUAAGCCUCGCCAGAAGAGAGACCCGGGAACUAUCGUGAGACGGAGGAGAAGUCCGGGGCCUCGUGGGGACGGCUCGGAAAGACCACAUGUGUGUAAUGUGUGCGGUAAGCGUUUCAGGAGAGGUGAGACCUUGCGGCGCCAUGACCGUGUCCACACCGGGGAAAAGCCCCACGCUUGCGACGUCUGUGGAAAAACCUUCAGGGAAGCCUUCCACCUCACCAAGCAUUUGACGGUCCACUCCGGGCAGAAGAACUAUAAAUGCAACCUGUGUGGGAAGGAGUUUGCUUACGCACAGAGCCUGGUGAGGCAUGGUAAACUCCACAGGAAAGGGGAGAUUGAUGGUAACGGGACAAAGGUUAGCAAAGUCGGAGCCAACAGUCAGGGUGGUAAUCAGUCCAACUCUGAGUCCUACUACCCCUACUCUCAAGAUAAGGCCCAAGGGUCCGGCUCCACCCAGCCAGGUCAGAGGCUCUACACCUGCACUGUGUGCUGGAAGUCCUUCCGCCACCACUUCCACCUGACGGCCCACCAACAGACCGUUCACGGAGGGGGCGGGGGAGGGGAAAAGACCUUCAGAUGCGAAGUGUGUGGUAAGGCAUUUGCUUACUCCAACAGUUUGUCCAGGCACAGGAUGUCCCAGCACGGUCUUGGUCGGUCCGCGCAGGGAAACCCGUCGGGUGGGGCCCGUCAAGGGGGGAGCCAGUCCCACCAGUCAGCUGCAUACUCCCCCCUCUACUAUGAGUCCGGAGCCCACUCCUCAGGCUCCAACGUCACCUAUCCUUCAGGCUCCAAUGUGAUCCACCCCAGCACCCAGGGACAGCACCACCCUUUUCAGUACCGGUCGCAAAACUACCACCCCCACCGUGGCUUAAGAAAAAUGAAGAAGAAAAGACGAGUUGAGAUCCACAGUAUAAUGAGGGGGGGCCAGCUGGUGGGUGUGCCCCUGAGCAAAGAGACCAAGAGGAAGCUGAUGAUCAUGAGGAGAAAGAGGGGCAGGAUGCAGCAGCAGCUGGCAAGGAAGAAGCUGCUGGCCCAGCUGAGGAUCAAAGGAGGAGGGAUGAAUGUGAAGGCGUGGCAAGGAGGUGCGGUGAGAGUCACCGGGCUGACCUCCAUGGAAACGCCCAUCAAGCGCUUCCCCUGUCCCAUCUGCCCCAGCACCACAUAUUCUAGGCAGGCCUCCGUCCUGAUCCACCACGCCAUUAGGCACCCGCCCAUUAAUGCGGGCCACGAAGCGCGCCUGAAGUGCCCCGUUUGUGGGAAGCGAUCACGCACGCUGAGGAAAGCCCUGAAACACAGAGGCCAUCACCUGGCCAAGGGCUCGUUCGCCUGCCGCAAGUGCCGCCACUGCUUCUGGAAUGGGAACCUGCUGGAGAGGCACCGGGUGUCCUGCCGAGGGGUGACCGGGGGAGGCAGCGGCAACUGGAGCUUGCGGAUGAAGUCUCCCCCUAAAGAGAUGGGGGUUCUGAAGCAAGAGUGUGAUCUGCCCGUCACACCUGUGGAACCUCAGCCUGUACAGCCUCAGCUUAUUCAGCCUGAAAGAACAACAGUUGUGACUGAAUACAGCCACUGAUUAUUUUAUUUUUUUCAUUUUUAUUUUAUCCAGCAAACAAGUGCUAGCGAGUUUGAAAGAUGAAGGGUGGGGGUAAGGUUUAGUGUAACUACCAGGAUAUCCCCACUUCAUCCAUACAAUCCCCGACUAAAGCAGAGGUGUGAGAGUUAGCAUGGACUUCUAAAGGCCCAUAUCAAAAAACACCCUCCAUCUCUGUUCUGGCUUCCCCAAAGGGGAAAGUAUUUUAGAUCAUGUGACUGUUUGAGUAGCACCUGUCUUAAAUGCAUUCUAUCACAGUAUACCCUUUUUUCUGUUAGCUGUGUUUGCGCUGGAAUUCUGGAUGCAUAUUUGUAGGAGUGGGGUACCAUAAGUACCUAUGUUUUUCCAAUUAUGUUUUCUCAUUAUUCACAGUUAAACAGUAUAGUCUUUGUCUCUUGUUCUGUACAAUGUGUGUUUCUUUGUUCCCAGUGGAUACUUAUUUUAUACUCAAGACAUUUUGUCCUGAACCUGAAAAUGUCGGUUAGCUGACAAGUCAGUCUAAGAUGCCGUUUCAACUGAUAUAAAUACAUCAGUAGUCAUAUGACUUAGGUCUUUGAUUAAUCACUAAUCAAUAGUUAAUGUUAUUGGACACAACUAGUCAGACAGAAGUUGAACUGUCCUGCAGUAAAAUGUUGAAGAGGAAUCAACAGUGAGUCAUUUCCCAGUACACUGUUGUCAGUUCUGGGGGAUAAGAACAGGAUUGGGGUGGGAGGGGAAUACAAAACAAAAAAAAAAAAAGUUUUAAAAUUGUCAGGAAAGUCAUGAAUUGUGGGAACAAGGGGAGUGUACUGUACAAUUCGUAUUAUAUUUUAUUAUAUAUUGAUUAUUUGCUGUUUUUUACUCCCAAGUAUAGUUUCUUUUAUCAUUGUUGCUAUUGUAUGGGUGGGUGGGAAUGAGAUGGGACUAUCUUUGUAAAACAACGGGACAAGUAUGUGUAUUGAUGUGAUUGUUUCCUUCCUCCCCUUUUACCAAGCCCUGUGUCCCCACAGUUAAGCCCAAUUUUGUAACAAAAGCGUGUACACUUAGUUCAUUACUUAGGUCCUGUCCCUUCAGUGUUUUCCUUUCAGUAAACUAAAAUCAUGUAAUAUUAUUACUAAAUUACUAUCCUUUUCUUUGCCUAAAGUGAGUUGUUGAAACCCUCAAAUAAAAUAAAAAUCUAAAAGG